UUCCGCCUCUCAGCCCGUCCCUCCCGCAUCUCACUCGCGACUGCUUCUUGUCGCCAGCCACUCAUUGAAACUACCAAGUCGCCGAUCCACGAACACCACCAGUAAUCAGUCAAUCACACCCAGCACCACCGCCAUGGCCUUCCAACCAUACACUCCAAAGCCCAUUACCGACAUCUUUACACACGACACCGACAUUAACAGACGAGAAUGUCGCCGUGUAGUGCCCAUGCGGGUGCUUGCCCUCGGCCUCGGACGCACUGGAACUGCCUCCCUUCGCACAGCUCUGAAGCAAUUGGGCUUUGAUGACUGCUACCACAUGAUGUCUGCAUCUGUGGAGAACCCACCAGACUGUCUGAUGUGGUCCGAUGCACUGGCAGCGAAGUACGACGGCAAGGGAACCUUCGGUCGCGAGCAAUGGGACCAAUUGCUCGGCCACUGCCAAGCUGUCUGCGACUGGCCCGCAGUUGCCUUUGCGAAGGAGCUCAUCCAGGCCUACCCAGACGCCAAAGUCAUCCUUACCACUCGCGACGUCGACAGCUGGCACGCAUCCACAAUGAAGACUGUCCACUGGCGCGCAACUGAGCCAGAGCUCAAGUUUGUAUCCAAAUUUGAUUGGGGAGCAGGUCUCUACCAGCCAAUGCUUUCCAAAUUUUGGACGGAGUUCUGGGAAGGCGACUUCGAGAAGAACGGCAAGCGAAGAUUCAACGAGUACUACGACGAGGUUCGAUCUCUUGUGCCCAAGGAGAAUCUCCUGGAAUACAAGAUGGGCGAGGGCUGGAAGCCACUCGCGGAUUUUCUCGAGGUUCCUGUGCCAGAGGGCAAGAAGUUCCCACGGACCAACGACACCGACGGCUUCGUGGAUCGCUGCCGAAAGAGGAAUCGCAUGCAAAUGAUGAACGUCCUCUUCCGAGCCACGGUUGUUGGUGGCUCAUUGGCAGCGAUCGUCUUCAGUGCCAGCAUGACCAUCCGCAGAUUCUUCGGCAGUAGAGGUGGACUUCUGUCGUAGCACUACUGCACUGCACUAUUUGGCUUCAGCGUUUUGACUACUAUUUGGGCGUCCAAAGGCAUCAGUUGGGAGUUGCGAUCAGCGAGGAUCGCGAUCAGGCAUGGCGUUAUUGCUGCAAGGGAUAUGACUUUGAGCUGCUUCCUUCAUUCACUGUACUAUUCAUGAGAAGGUCUUGGAGCACAUGGAAAGAGGGAUAGAGCUGUUAACCACAGCCGCACUACUCCAACUACAUCGAAAUCCGCCACAACUUUGGCCAACUGCGUAACCUCAGAGAGGUAGCUGUAACAGCGUAGUGAUACAGUCGGUUUAAGCGAAAUUGACUAGCGCUAUACCAACGCGAUCUGGUAU